AUGGGAUUGCAGGAGACGUUCCCUGCAUAUGGAGGGCGCGGGCCCGGUGAUCUCCGGAUCGGUCUCGGACUGGGGGCUGUCGCCACUAUCUUCAUGAUCUUGCGUGUCUACGUGCGACUGCGUGUGAAUAAAUUUGGGACCACUGCGUUGAUUUGGGCGCUUAUUGCCUGGUUGUUGACGACCAUCACUCAAUGCUUCGGCAUCAUAUCGAUCCUCCAUGGACUGGGAAACAGAAUUGCAGUGGUUGAAGCUACUGGCCAGCUGGGCAAUUACCUGCUUUUCACAUGGAUCACCGUCUUCUUCUUCAACAUGGCCAUUCCGACUGGCAAAGUUGCUGUGGCCGCUUUCCUGAUUGAGAUGAAUUCGCAAAGCAACCCGAAAACCAGACGCAGUUUGAUCGUAGUUGCUGCGCUGAAUAUCAUCCUCAGCAUUCCCCAGAUCUUGCUAGCCUGGUUCCAAUGCAGCCCUCCGGACGCGCUUUGGGAUCCUUUGCGACAGGGCCAAUGCCAUCACGAAACCAGUGUCCGCUACAGCUACUUCAUCGGCGCCGUUGCUGCACUUUCCGAUUUCUAUCUUGCCAUCAUCCCGGUGACGAUGCUGGCCCCACUGAGGCUCGGUCGCAAGUUGAAGUGGGGAUUGAGCUUCCUGAUGGGACUAGGGGUGUUUGCCGGAGCGGCGGCAAUCGUCAGAUCCUGGGCUGCCAAAUUCAUUCUGAGCGAUGAUCCUUCAUAUGGUGUCGGCAUUCUUUUCCGCUGGGGUGAAGUCGAAGAAUGGAUCAUUCUCAUCUCCAUGUCGAUCCCACCCGUCUGGCCACUCUUCCGACCCCUAACACGACACUUCAUCAAGUCCAGCAACUUCUCUCGCAGCCCUGACAACUACAAUGGUUACAACAAGUACGCGUCGAUGAGAGGGGACCUUGCCACGUCCGGUCAAACUCCUGUCGUCACUACCACCAUUUCCAUUUCGUCCAAUAAGGGACCUGCCGCCGAUGCCGAGACUGUCCGUGCAUCAUCGUCUGCUUCAUCUGUGACCAGAUUCGAUGAGGAGGAGGCGGAGACACCUCACACUAUCUUGAGUGGUCCCGGCGGUCCAGAGGGAUGGGUCGAAAUGUCUCAUUAUAAGAAGCAUCCUCAAUGA